AUGUUUAUAACGGGUUAUCUCCGCGAGAGGGUAACGGACUGGAAAGCCAAAAAGUUGUGGUCUCUAUUGGACAAAAGGGCGGAGCAAAAGGAGUACUGCCAUCAGAAGGCGUGCGAGAAGUUGAGUGUGCUCGUCAUUGGCGCGGGGCCAUGCGGACUUCGAUCAGCCAUCGAGUGUGCGUUAUUGGGCGCGAGGGUGAUGUUGUGUGAGCAGAGGAAUACAUUCUCGAGGAAUAAUGUAUUACACCUGUGGCCAUUCGUCAUUCAGGAUCUGAAGAUGCUCGGUAUUAAGCUGCUAUAUCCGACUUUCUGCAGGGGAGCGAUAGAUCAUAUU